AAUACUCAAUCGGCCGGGCGCCGUAGUAAAAAUCGGAGCAAAUGUGACCACGGCAUAUUCUGUUGUCCGUGUCAGGUUGAGCAUUUUUGUUUCAGUGUUCAAUCUGCUUACAAAACUGUCAGCCAUGAAGCUCGCAAUUGCAGUGUGUUUGGUCGCUGUGUUUUACAUUGCUGGUGCAGCAGUCCUCAAUAAUGAACUGACGAAUCUCGAAGAGGACAGGCAGCUCGGGUUGAUGAUAAGCCUCCUGAAGCGAUAUCUGAAACAGCACGAAUUGAGGACCAGAUCCAAUACAGGAGUGAAUCUUUAUUUUUCUUUAGUCUCGAGCAAUUUGGAGACAAAAAAACACCAACAAAGAAUUGUGAUGGUCCUAAAUGCUGCGAAAAUACCAUAUGAGAUAAUCGAUAUAGCAUCAAGCGAUGAAGGGAAAGCAGCCAUGAGGGCAGGUGCAGGGUCAAAGGCCAUACCCCCACAGAUAUUCAAUGGCGAGCAAUAUUGCGGGGAUUACGCUGCAUUUGACAAUGCUGUGGAAGAAGAGACUUUACAUGAAUUUUUAAAGAUCUAAGAAUUGAGGGAUCCAUUGCUCAAAGUGCAGGGACUAUGAACACAUAGAAUCUAGAUAGAAUAAAACAAACAGUUGCAGCUACGGCUCUCGAUUAUAUAGAUAUGUUUACAGUAAACGAAUGGACUGCCAGGUCAGAAUUUGGUUCUAAAGUCAAUGCAUUUUCAAGGAAUGAAAAGUUUUGGUAUAAUUUGCAAAUCAUUUUAUCCACAAAUAACAGCUUAUAUGAGCUAGACAUUAGUAAACAACCAAUGUCGGGACAUAAUCCAAUGAGGAUCAUCUUUAAUUAUAUGCAUGGAGUGAUCACUGUGGUUUUCAUAAGCAAUACAAUCAUAUAUAUUAUAUACUAUGUAUACCCUGUAUCAGAACGAGAUACGUGUACUCGACUUAAGUGUAUAAGAUAAUAUUAUAUAAAAA